AUGAUGAUGAUGAUGCGCCGUGUGAUGUGUGUGUUGGCCGUUGUGCUGUGCUGUGCCUGCGGGUAUACCAUGGCGGCGGCUGCUGCUGUUGAUAAUGACAGUCCCAGUGGCCGUGGUGUAUCCCGUGGGGCUGUGGAGGUGUCGUGCGGGGCCGGCGGUGCGCUGCGUGUACGCCCCGCUGCUGAGAGCGAGUGGCUUACAUGCGGUGCGGGCAGCCGUGUGUCUGCAUGUGGGAAGUACGCAGACCUCUGCCGCCAGCGUACCACAAGAACAGCAACAACCACAACAACUAUUGCAACUACUACUAUUACUGCUGGACAACCGAAGGCGGUGAUGGCGGUUCAUGGUGGUAUAACGGAAUGGGAUUAUUUUCUUAGAACAGCAAUCUAUGAUAAGGAGUGUCCCGGUAAACCAAAAGGAGAAAAAAGUAAUGGAAUGGACUGUGGUGACUGGAAUGAGUAUAAGAAGAGUGAAGGAGUGGCGGCUCGUCCUCCUGAUUCGAGAAUGGCAAAACCACUUGAACAAAAGCCGAGUGCCUCUCAUGAACGUGCGGGAGAACUGGAUCAAGAACAAUUGGAAAGUCCUCUUGAAGAAGGUUCUCCACGUGCGACCACAUUACAAAUCACGUCAGCGGACCCCGAUACUGAACAUCAACCAGCGAAGAGCAAACCAGCAGUAACACAACCCAAUAAACCUGAGAGUGGUGAAGCAGAAGCUGGAAUGAAUGCAGAAAGUACGUCGAGAACAGAAAGAGGAACAAGUUCUUCUACAGAAGGUAAUCAAGGAAAAACGAGCAACCCAACUGAUAACAGUGCAACCAGUGCUGGUAAUCCUAACCAGCAAGUAUCUCCUGCAACUGUUAAUGCUACUGCCCCAUCAGAGUCACAAGAAACCAAUUCCACUACUCCGCCGAGCCCUGAGAACACUAUCACAGAAGCACCAACCACCACUCCAUCUCCUGUUCCUGUUCCCAAUUCAGAUAUCAACACCAUCGCUUCCACUGUGAAGAACAGACCCAAUGUUGACAGCAGUCUCGCUUCUGUGUGGAUGCGUACUGCAGCACCGCUACUGAUUGUGGCUGUAUUCUUCUCCUUUACCGUGUACUGA